AUGGCCGGCAUAUUCCACUCCCAGCUGGAUGAACCCACUGCACCCAGCUCCAAUCUUGCAUCACCUUCAUCCUCCUCAGACAAGGAAAACCCGCGACCGAGUCUAAAUAAACGAAACACGGCUCAAAUGACAUCUCCAAGCGCAUCCAAACGUCGUCGUCUCACCGAUCGCAACAUCAACUCACAGUCGCAAAUGUCCUCUUCACGGCACGAUGACACCAGCAAAUAUUAUGAUCCUGAUCAGGAUCCCGAGGAAAGGCGACGUAUUCGAAAGGGCAUCAGAGAUUUGACCCACGACUUUAACGAUUCACGCACCGAAUACAUGCAAGCCGGUAAUGAUGGAAUUUUAAAAACAAUCCACAAGGCCAACCAACUCUAUGUCGGUGUCAAGCAGACUUCUGACGCCACCCUCGACUCGCGCCUCCUCGUUAACGCAGCCGAUCUCUCGCACAAAAGGACCGCACAACUUGCCCUCGGCAACACGACCGCCGGUAUCGACGUCGACGUUUUUGUUACUAAAUGUAUUUCGUACAUGCGACGAGGACCUGAUAUGUCGACUGUAACCCAGAACGUGGGGGGAGGUCGACGUCGACGCACUGGUGCCUCCCAGAGAUACGCGGACGAGGGUGAAGAUGGGGAUAAUGGCGAUGCGAUGAACUGGGAUUGGCUGGCUCGAACUGCCUGUCUUCCCUAUAAUGCGCGCCCGACAGUAUCGGGGUGGUUAUUGGGACCGCUCUCUUUGCAAAAACGCACGCGUCAAUUGACGCAGCGCGCUCCAGCUGAGAAAUUCGAUCCGACGCAGGCCAAAAACCCCAAUGAACUGCGGCAGGAAGAUCUAAGUGGGAAAGAUGACGCGAAUCUGACAACCAUUUGUCAAGAUAUUAAUACGCUGCUGGGGAAAGUCCAGGAAGAGGCACAAGAUACUGUGGACAGGGUGCUCAGUGAAAUGGAUGACCCUGACGAGGACACUAUGCAGAGGAUUAUGGCAAAGCAUGAUGUUGCAGACGAUGGCGGAGUUCCUUUGUUCCGCUUUUGUAUCAACCCGCGCUCAUUUGGUCAAAGCGUGGAAAAUUUGUUUUAUGUUAGCUUCCUUGUCCGAGAUGGCAGUGCUGGUGUUUCCGUAGAUAGCCGUGGGCUACCAACGCUACAUACCUCCUCGCCACAUUUGCCAAGUGAAGCUCAAGCUCAAGGCGUUGUAAAACGUCAAGCUAUCUUCAGUUUAGAUUUCAAGACCUGGGAGCAGCUGGUCGAUGUAUUUGGCAUUGAAUCAUCGAUCAUACCGCACCGCAAUGAAAGUACAGAGGAAGCCGCCACCACUUGGAGUUGA